AUGCGGACAUACCUCGAACAAGCGGACGUUGCCGAUAUUAUCAACACUGCGAGCUUUUGUGAAGAUAAAAUAUCCUUGCUUCUAACAAUCGUUAAAACUGGACUUGAUGCCAUUACACUUUUACAAUCGAAAGUCGUUCACAUUACCGAGCCACCGUGGAUCAACUAUUCUUUAAAAAACUUGAUUCGGAAGCGUCAAUCAGAACUCAAUCAGGGAAAUCUAGAGGAGUUUCGUCACCUGAGGAACAGAGUUAACCGCGAACGAAAGAUCUGCCACACUAACCACUACCAACGCAAAGUUGAACACCUUAAAAACCGCUCCUCGUCUAGCUGGUGGAAAAACGUAAAGAAACUGAGUGGUGUGUCUAGGCCAGGCACUGAAGACUGCAACAUCCUGAAGUCAUUUCAUCAUCUCGAAGGUGUUAUAUAA